AUGUCAACAUUCAAGUUGAGUACGACUCAAAGAAACAAACCUCUAUUACUUUGCAAAGGCUUUUGUUAUACCAUCGAUAAAACAACUGAUGAUAAAAUUUAUUGGAAAUGCGAAUUUGUUCGAACGCUUAAAUGUAAAGGUCGAAUUCAUACUAAUUCUAUUAAUACGGUCAUUUUACAUGAGAAUAAUAAUCACAACCAUCUUGGAAAUGCUGUUUCAAGUGAAAUUCGACUAUUUGAAGAAAAAAUUCGUGAUCGUGCUGUUAACUAUAAUGAAUCUACACAAACUGUAAUUGACAAUUGUUUAAAUAAUUUAUCUGAUAAUACUGUAGCACGCAUUCCGAAAUUUAAACAUAUUAAGAAUUGCGAACGUUUAUAA